AUGGAGAAGUCCAUGAGAGAUCUGGCCUACCAAGAAAUAGGUCAUCAACUGGUGUGCACUCAUUUACCUCUAGAGCAGAAUGCUUCUGGAGUUGAGCUUAAGCCUGGGUUCAUAAGGUUGUUGCCCACCUUCCAUGGAUGGGAGCAUGAGGACCCUCAUCAACAUAUCAGAGAAUUUAUUCUGGUAUGCUCUUCUAUGAAACCAUAUGGAGUUGAUGAAGAACUGGUGAUGAUGAAGGCUUUUCCCCUGUCCCUGCAAGACACUGCUAGGUAUUGGAUUAUUUACCAGCAGCAGCCUUUUGGAAGUUGGCAAGAGAUGCAGCUUAGAUUUUUGAAUAGAUUUUUCUCAGCAUCAAGAGUAUCGUAUUUUAGGAGGCAAAUAUGCACCAUUGAGCAAGGGCAGAAUGAAAGUUUGGCUGAUGUUUGGGACACAUUCAAUCAAUUAUGCCUCAUGUGCCCAAAUCACCAACUACAGGAUUCUCUGCUAAUAACAUAUUUUUAUGAAGGUCUGCUGCAAAGGGAAAAAAUGCUGGUUGAUGUGGCUGCUGGAGGGUCCUUAAUGAAUAAAACUCCAGCUGAAGCAAGACAGCUGUUGAGUAAUAUGGCUGGAUGCUCCUAUCAAGGAUCUUUGUACAAUAAAGCUGCUGUAACUGUAUCAGAAAUUGGGGCAGAAUCCAAGGACUUAAGGGAAUUGACUCAAGUGAUGUCCCAACUGGUGGAAAAAGUGAUGCUGUUGAACCAGGAACCUUCUAAGGAGAAGAUGACAGCAUCAAAGGUGUUAGACUGCUCUGAGAACACUCUAAAUGCAACUUGUGAUUCAUCAGCCGAUAAUUGGGAAGGGAAUUGGAGCACAGUAAACCUGCAGGAGCCUCAACAAAAUUAUUCAGAAAAUGAACAGUCAGCUGGCUGUACUGAAGAUGAUAAAAAGAGCAGUGUAAGAGUGGAAGCUAACCCUGCCGAGGACAAUGGGAUUACCAAGUACAUUCCUCCCCACUUGAGAGGAAAGUCUAAGCUGGGGAAGAUGCAGCCAGCCCAACAAAAAGAGGUGCAGUUAAAUAGGACUGCUAGUACCAGUGAAGUCAUGUUAAGAAGUGGAAAAGAGUUGCAUGUUUCAAUUGAGAAAGAGAAAAAUGUUGAGAAUGAGCAGCAACCUGAAAUAAUAAUUGAACCACCCUUCCCUGUUAAAUUUGCACCUGCAGCAAAAAAGUUGGAAACUGAUACUGAUUUAUUGAAGAUUUUUCAGAAAGUUGAAAUUAAUACGCCUAUGCUGGAAGCAAUCAAACAGGUGCCUAAAUAUGCCAAGUUCCUUAAAGAAGUGUGCACAUAUAAAAGAGGACUGAGGAGGCCACAAAUCAAGAACAUUUCCACUAUUUCCAAGUCGGGAUUGCCUCCUAAACAUAGUGAUCCGGGUCAUUUUACCAUCCCAUGCACCAUUGGUGAACUUACCAUUGCAAAGGCUUUAGUAGACUUGGGGGCAUCUAUAAAUGUAAUGCCCAGUUCUGUUUACAAGGCUCUACACUUGGGAAAAUUAAAACCUACUUCUGUUAUCAUCCAGCUGGCCAUAGAAGUACUGCAAAACCAUUAG